GCAGACCGCGAAUUUAUGAUACUAGCGCUGGAUAACGGUAGCGUCUACGGCUUCUCAAUUCAUAUUCCGUGCAAUGAAGAACUCAUACUGCUGGAUAUUUGGUACCGUCAUAACAGUUUUUGUCAUUAAGUGUGUGGCGGUGCCAUGUGAUUUGGGUGAGUACCACGACGGCGUAGUUACACCAUCAACUUUUCAUGCUGAUGAGGGCAUAUGUUUAUUGAACUUGCAAUCACCAAAUAUAUAUGCUGCUGGAAUUGGAGACGGAAGCACAAAUGAUGCAUAUUACUGUGGUUCAUGUGUUAACGUGUCAACUCCACAUGCGUUUAUAGUCGCCAUGGUUGUUGACGAAUGUAAAGAAUGUGUAGGAGAUUAUGAUAUAACUCUAGAUAUCGAUGCGAUGAACAUGUUAUCUGCAAAUACUGGCCAGAUGGACGUUAAUGUUCGUUGGCACCUCAUCCCAUGCCCUGGGAUGGUUCGCACCAAGAACAUAACAUUUGAGAUUCAGGGAGUUGGUUCUAUGACUGAAUUCGCUAUAAGAGCUGUUGACCACGCGUACCCUGUCACGGCCAUGGAGGUAUCAACAGACGGGACGUUGUGGAGUUUUCUAGUCCGAGACGAACGCAACUAUUACCAUAGACAAGCGAAUGUCUAUACAUGGGAUACGCCCUUCCUCAUAAAAGUUUAUACAACUAUUGAAGAGAAAUACGUUAGCUACACGAUCGACAACUUGAAUGAAAGUCAAAUCACAAGUAAUGUACAAUUUGAUAAUUGUGGCGGCCAGGUACCUGGAGAGAGUCGAGAAUCAUGUGACCUGGGACUAUAUCAUGACGGCCUGGCUACGCCAGCAAAAUACACUAAUUAUAAUGGUUCGUGUUCAUUAGUACCCCCACCACUAACUCGGGGUAUAUAUUCUGCUGGAAUUGGAGACGGGAGUGUUGUUGAUGCAUAUUAUUGUGGAGCAUGUGUAAACGUGUCAACUGCACGUGCGUAUAUAGUUGCCAUGGUGAUUGACAAAUGCCGUGGAUGCGUCGAACAGGAUGAUAUCACUCUGGAUGAAGAAGGGAUAUACAUGCUAACUGGAACUUGGAACGCCAUAGAUGUUACUUGGCGUCUGACAGCAUGCCCUGGUCUGGUUGGAGUAGAGAACAUCACAUUUGAGUUUCAGACAGACAGUGAUGUAUUUGCUGUACGAGCCACCAAUCACAUAUAUCCCGUUACGUCCAUGAGGUUAUACUACUACGGAGAGUGGAGAGUCUUGAUUCGAGACGAGAGAAAUUAUUAUCAUCGUUAUUUUGACAGCACACAGAUGACAACGCCAUUUAAUCUGACGAUUUUCACAAGUGUUACCCGUCAAUACGUUAACUACACAUUCCGUGAAUUAAGUCUUAGUCCAAUACACAGUAAUGUACAAUUUGACAUUUGUGAUGGUUCUGAUAGCGGUGUUGGUGCAUCACCUACUUGGUUUUCUACGACGCGGUCGAUAUCAAAUGAGUCUCCAACGAUCCCUGUAACUACGCAAGUACUGGCCACGACGCAGCCAAAAACGACAUUCAUGACAACACCUGAGACCACGAGCCCCCCAACAAACUCUGAAGUUACCACCACUCGUCAGGUAACCACCAAAUUUAAAGCGGCGACAACUUCACUACAGGCCACCACGACGCCGCCGCCAACGUCAACUUCGGAUACAACGAUCCUACUACCGGUCUUCACUCAAAUAGACCCAACGUUGCCAACAGCCUACCAAAAUACGUCGUCGACGUCGCAUACAACAAUAUCUGUUGAAAGUACAACUCACCUGGAAGCAGCUAUUACGGACACAAUCUUGAUGACUUCCAUGAUGACUUCAGAAGAUCCAGAUGCAAAACAAAGUAGCACGCAAGAAAAUGGAAACCCAAAAGUGAAAGGAUUAGGCUAUAUUUUUAUAUUCGCUGCUGUUUUACUUGGUAUCGGCGCACUUAUCGAGGUUGCAGAAUGUGUUAUCCGAAAGAUGCACAUAGGAUCCAGAAGACGUCAGCGUUUGAUGGACAAUGAUGAUACAAAACCAGGCAAUCACGUGACACCCGCUGAAAUAUGA